CUUAAACAUGCUCACUUUGUUUCUAAUACUUUUGUUCGCAGCUCAUAUAGACGCAACCAAUUAUCUGCUAGCGAAACAAUACGUGCAAUUUAAAUUUGAUUCAAGUUACUUUAAAUGCACUGAAAGUACACAGAUAAUUUGGAAACUACAAGAUUUUGAGAUUUCUUGUGAAAAGUAUAACGAAAAUUGCACUUUUAUAUCUUCUGAAAAAAAUGUGUCUGCAAGAUUUAUAUAUGAACAAAACCAAGGUCAGUGCAAAUCAACCUUCUAUAUACAUAACGUCACAAGCGAUAAAUUUGAGGGAUUAUUGUCUUUAACUACUUUCGAACAACAAACACAUGACAAGAAAGAAAUGAUAGUGGAUUGCCUUGUACAUUUUUACGAAAUGCUUGACUUAGACUGCAUAACAGAAUUCAACAAAUCAGGCUUGUAUAUCAAGUGCUCAACAACAAAAUACUAUAACAUUUUUGAAAGAACGAUGCGAGUCAAAUAUGUUACAGAGGAGACCGAGAUCAACAGACACAAUCCCUGUCUUAACAAGAUUGCAUUUAUUGAUAACUUGAAUAGAAGCAAACCAGAAUGUUUUCAGUUUAUUGAAUCCAGAAAACUAGGUGUUGGUGUUCAUGACUUUGCCUCAACAAUCACACAGAACUAUCUGUAA